CCCGUUCCUACUUUGGCCCCUCGCAACACUUCGUUGCUCAGUGACCUAGCGGAAAAUUCAUUGUUUGAUCGCAUGACCGGCUUGAUCGAGGCCGGUAAUUCGUGGCUAUGGAAAUUUCGCGUUCUUCUACGAAGAAACUACACCACUUACUACAGGAAUCCUGGAAACCUUGCCGCCCUGCUGGCUCCCAAUUACGACAUUGCUUUCGUCCUGGCAGCCGGCUAUGUAGCUGCUUCUAUUCUUACAGGUGGCUUCAUGGUCUCGUUUAACAGCUUCUAUCGCCACAGCACAUGGCUACAAUGGGCAUCCCUCAUCAAAUUCACCUUUCAACCUCUCUCGAUGAAUGUUUUGCGUGGCACCUCCGUAGAGUUUGUUAUCGAUUACUUUCCUCUCAGCUCUCCGAGCACCAUAAUGGAAAAUUUUGGGUGCGCUUUUGCCAUCUAUUUGGGGCUGGCCAUUACAGCCUAUCUAGCCCUGAGAUACCUGCACAAGGAGCGUAGAUAA